CGGAGCAGAAGCGGUCCUCGCUGCACCCAGCCUCUGCCAGGGCUCCCACUUCUUCUUUGCCGCUGGGCCUCGGCCCAGGAGCCACGACGGGCGACACGGAGCCGCCAGUGCUAGAGGGGGAGCCAUGGGUGAGGGGCAGCGUCGGGGCAGAGGCCCCGGGACGCCCGCCCGGCCCCAGGCCCCGCUCCGCCCGGGCGCCCCCGCGGGUGCCCCCCCCUUCCUGGUCCGAGCAGUGUGAGUGUGCCCGGGAGCCCGGCGGUGGCGGCGGCGGCGGCGGCGGCGGCGGCGGCGGCGGAGUGGAAACUGGCGUGGGCUGGGGGGUCCGAGCUGCGGGGGGCAGUGCCAUGCACAAGCACCAGCACUGCUGUAAGUGCCCCGAGUGCUAUGAGGUGACUCGCCUGGCCGCCCUGCGGCGCCUCGAGCCUCCGGGCUACGGCGACUGGGGGCAGGUGCCUGACCCCUAUGGGCCAGGUGGGGGCAAUGGGGCCAGCUCCGGUUAUGGGGGCUACAGCUCUCAGACUCUGCCCUCGCAGGCAGGGGCCACCCCCACCCCUCGCACUAAGGCCAAGCUCAUCCCUACCAGUCGGGACGUGGGGCCAGUGCCCCCUAAGCCAGUCCCAGGCAAGAGCACCCCCAAACUCAACGGCAGUGGCCCCAGCUGGUGGCCGGAGUGCACCUGUACCAACCGGGACUGGUAUGAGCAGGUGAAUGGCAGUGAUGGCAUGUUCAAAUAUGAGGAGAUAGUACUGGAACGGGGGAACUCUGGCCUGGGCUUCAGUAUUGCAGGUGGCAUCGACAACCCGCAUGUCCCUGAUGACCCUGGCAUUUUUAUUACCAAGAUCAUCCCUGGUGGAGCAGCUGCCAUGGAUGGGAGGCUGGGGGUGAAUGACUGUGUGCUUCGGGUGAAUGAGGUGGACGUGUCGGAGGUGGUGCACAGCAGGGCCGUGGAGGCGCUGAAGGAGGCAGGGCCCGUGGUGCGGCUGGUGGUUCGGAGACGACAGCCUCCACCUGAGACUAUCAUGGAGGUCAACUUGCUCAAAGGGCCCAAAGGCCUGGGUUUCAGCAUUGCUGGAGGCAUUGGCAACCAACACAUCCCAGGAGACAAUAGCAUAUACAUCACGAAGAUCAUUGAAGGGGGAGCUGCUCAGAAGGAUGGUCGCCUACAGAUUGGGGACCGGUUGCUGGCGGUGAACAACACAAAUCUGCAGGAUGUGAGGCACGAGGAAGCUGUGGCCUCACUGAAGAACACAUCUGAUAUGGUCUAUCUGAAGGUGGCCAAGCCAGGCAGCCUCCACCUCAACGACAUGUAUGCUCCCCCAGACUACGCCAGCACUUUUACUGCCUUGGCUGACAACCACAUAAGCCAUAAUUCCAGCCUGGGUUAUCUUGGGCCAGUGGAGAGCAAGGUCAGCUACCCUGCUCCUCCUCAGGUCCCACCCACCCGAUACUCUCCUAUCCCGAGGCACAUGCUGGCCGAGGAGGACUUCACCAGAGAGCCCCGCAAGAUCAUCCUGCACAAAGGCUCUACAGGCCUGGGCUUCAACAUCGUAGGAGGAGAGGAUGGAGAAGGCAUUUUUGUCUCCUUCAUCCUGGCAGGAGGCCCAGCCGACCUGAGUGGGGAGCUGCGCAGGGGAGACCGGAUCUUAUCGGUGAAUGGAGUGAACCUGAGGAAUGCAACUCAUGAGCAGGCUGCAGCUGCUCUGAAACGGGCUGGCCAGUCAGUCACCAUUGUGGCCCAGUACAGACCUGAAGAGUACAGUCGCUUUGAAUCGAAGAUACAUGACUUGCGAGAACAAAUGAUGAACAGCAGCAUGAGUUCUGGGUCUGGGUCCCUCCGAACAAGUGAGAAGAGGUCCUUAUAUGUCAGGGCCCUUUUUGAUUAUGACCGGACUCGGGACAGCUGCCUACCAAGCCAGGGGCUCAGCUUCUCUUACGGUGACAUUCUGCAUGUCAUUAAUGCCUCUGAUGAUGAGUGGUGGCAGGCAAGGCUGGUGACUCCACAUGGAGAAAGUGAGCAGAUCGGUGUGAUCCCCAGUAAGAAGAGGGUGGAAAAGAAAGAGCGAGCUCGAUUGAAAACCGUGAAGUUCCAUGCCAGGACGGGGAUGAUUGAAUCUAACAGGGACUUCCCUGGGUUAAGUGACGAUUAUUAUGGAGCAAAGAACCUGAAAGGACAAGAGGAUGCUAUCUUGUCAUAUGAACCAGUGACCCGGCAAGAAAUUCACUACGCAAGGCCUGUGAUCAUCUUGGGCCCAAUGAAGGACCGAGUCAACGAUGACUUGAUCUCCGAGUUCCCACAUAAAUUUGGAUCAUGUGUGCCACACACCACCCGGCCUCGGCGUGACAAUGAGGUGGAUGGGCAAGACUACCACUUUGUGGUAUCCCGAGAGCAGAUGGAGAAGGAUAUCCAGGACAACAAGUUCAUUGAGGCAGGCCAGUUCAAUGACAACCUCUAUGGGACCAGCAUCCAGUCAGUGCGGGCAGUGGCAGAGCGGGGCAAACAUUGCAUCUUAGAUGUUUCCGGGAAUGCUAUCAAGAGACUGCAGCAAGCACAACUUUACCCCAUUGCCAUUUUCAUCAAGCCCAAGUCCAUUGAAGCACUUAUGGAAAUGAACCGACGGCAGACAUAUGAACAAGCAAAUAAGAUCUAUGACAAAGCCAUGAAACUGGAGCAGGAAUUUGGAGAAUACUUUACAGCCAUUGUACAGGGUGACUCACUGGAAGAGAUUUAUAACAAAAUCAAACAAAUCAUUGAGGACCAGUCUGGGCACUACAUUUGGGUCCCAUCCCCUGAAAAACUCUGAAGAAUCCCCUCCAACCAUUCUCUUGUGAACAGAAGAAAUCAAGUCCCUCUUUCCUCUUCCCUCUUCAUUCCUGUCCCUAUGGGGAGAACAAAUGACCACUGUUCUUAUCCCCUUUUUUAGAUAUGUCAAAAAUUGAGUUUUCUAGUCCUGUUCUUUCUUUUUUU